AUGUCUACGAAGAUCGUUCAUAUCUACUGUGAUGCUCUACGGGGCACUGGUAUGGGCGGGAACUUUAACAGUCCAGGAUAUUGCGAUUCUGCGAAAAUCAAUCAUCGUAGCCUGCUUACUUCUCGGAAACGAACUCUUUGCACGCACCUACAUGUGUCGGAUUGGCUAGAAAUGGAGGCGACGGUGCCACCCUUGUGGUGGCUGCCCUGUAUCAGGAACAGAAAGAGGGGUUCUUAG